GUAGCUUGGCAUGGAGGAGGGAGGCCAGAGAGGGAGGAGAGAGAUCGGAGGGAUGGGGCCAGUUCUUGAACAGCGUGGAUCAAGGCCGUUGGUGCAGGAAGCCACCCAGAUUAAAGCAAUAUAUCUGUCUCCAGUCCUGCCCAUCCAGGGACUGUGGGUAACAGAUUUGGAAACAUACAGGGAGUGGCUAGCCCGGGCUGCACUUCCUUCGAAAUUCUGUCAGUCGGAGCUGGCCACUGUAGAGACGGGAAGGACCAGCUUCGUGGUUUUCAGGACUUGGGAUUGUGCCAAUGAGGACCUAAGGUGCCUGCCUGCCUGCCAACCACCCCAGCCUGCAGUGACCAUGGCCCUCCGCAAGAGGAGUCCCCAUGGCCUGGGCUUCCUUUGCUGCUUUGGAGGCAGUGACCUUCCCGAGAUCGACCUCCGGGACAGCCACCCAUUGCAGUAUCUGGAGUUCUCCGGUCCCAUCCCGAACCCAGAGGAACUCAACGUCCGCUUUGCGGAGCUGGUGGAUGAAUUGGACCUCACAGAUAAAAACCGAGAGGCUGUGUUUGCACUACCACCAGAGAAGAAAUGGCAGAUCUACUGCAGCAAGAGGAAGGAGCAGGAGGAUCCCAACAAGCAGGCAACCAGUUGGCCUGAGUACUACAUUGACCGUAUCAAUGCCAUGACUGCCAUGCAGAACCUGUAUGAAACUGAAGAUGAGGAGACAGACAAGAGGAGUCAAGUUGUAGAAGACCUGAAGACAGCCCUUCGGACACAGCCCAUGAGAUUUGUAACCCGCUUCAUCGAACUGGAAGGCCUGACCUGUCUGCUGAAUUUCCUUCGGGGCAUGGACCACACCACCUGUGAGAGCCGCAUCCACACAUCUCUCAUUGGCUGCAUCAAGGCUCUGAUGAACAACUCCCAGGGCCGGGCACAUGUCCUGGCACAACCUGAGGCCAUCAGCAUCAUCGCUCAGAGCCUGCGCACAGAGAACAGCAAGACUAAGGUUGCCGUGCUGGAGAUCCUGGGUGCCGUGUGCCUUGUGCCUGGAGGCCACAAGAAGGUCCUACAGGCCAUGUUACACUACCAGGUGUAUGCAGCCGAGCGCACGCGUUUCCAGACUUUGCUGAAUGAACUGGAUCGAAGUUUGGGCCGGUACCGGGAUGAGGUAAACCUGAAGACAGCCAUCAUGUCCUUCAUCAAUGCUGUCCUCAAUGCUGGCGCUGGAGAGGAUAACCUGGAAUUCCGCCUGCAUCUCCGGUAUGAGUUCCUGAUGCUGGGGAUCCAGCCAGUGAUUGAUAAACUCCGGCAACACGAGAACGCCAUCCUGGACAAGCAUUUAGACUUCUUUGAGAUGGUCCGGAAUGAGGAUGACCUGGAGCUAGCCCGGAGGUUUGACAUGGUCCACAUUGACACAAAAAGUGCCUCGCAGAUGUUUGAGCUGAUUCACAGGAAGCUGAAGCACACAGAAGCCUACCCCUGCCUGCUCUCCGUCCUGCACCACUGCCUGCAGAUGCCCUACAAGCGGAACGGUGGCUACUUCCAGCAGUGGCAGCUCCUGGACCGCAUCCUGCAACAGAUCGUCCUCCAGGAUGAGCAAGGUGUGGACCCUGACCUGGCCCCACUGGAAAACUUUAAUGUCAGGAACAUCGUCAACAUGCUCAUCAAUGAGAAUGAGGUGAAGCAGUGGCGGGACCAAGCAGAGAAGUUCCGGAAAGAACACAUGGAGCUUGUGAGCCGGCUGGAGAGAAAAGAACGGGAAUGUGAGACCAAGACACUGGAGAAGGAGGAGAUGAUGCGGACGCUCAACAAGAUGAAGGAUAAACUGGCCCGAGAGUCCCAGGAGUUGCGCCAAGCUAGGGGACAAAUGGCAGAGCUGGUAGCCCAACUUAAUGAAAGCUCAAUCGGCCCGGUGUCUUCCCCACCUCCCCCUGGAGGUCCGCUCACCUUGUCUUCCUCCACAACAACCAAUGAUCUGCCUCCACCCCCACCUCCUCUCCCCCUUGAUGGCUGCCCACCCCCACCCCCACCGCCCCUCCCUCCCGGAGGGCCUCCCAUCCCCCCAGGUGCCCCACCCUGCUUCCACUCAGGCCCGCCCCCGCCUCAUGACCCCUUCUCCAGCAAUGAAGCCCCACUCAGGAAGAAGCGCAUACCCCAGCCUUCUCACCCACUGAAGUCCUUCAACUGGGUCAAGCUGAAUGAGGAGCGUGUCUCUGGCACCGUGUGGAAUGAAAUUGAUGACUCGAAGGUAUUUCGGAUUCUGGACCUGGAAGAUUUUGAAAAAAUGUUCUCUGCGUAUCAGAGGCACCAGGGUUGCAUGCAGGAGGGUCCCCAGAGAGAGAGAGGAAAUGUGAGAGAUGGAGGGACUGCAAGCAGACCUCUGCCAGCUGCGGAGGCGAAUGCCUACACAACUGAGAAGGCUUCUAGGUCUAUGGUAUCAGCUACAGGUGCCAAGAAAGAACUGGACUCCAUGGAGGACAUCUACCUAACCUCCCGCAAGGUUAAAGAGCUGUCAGUCAUCGAUGGCCGGAGGGCCCAGAACUGUAUCAUUCUUCUCUCCAAGUUGAAGCUUUCUAAUGAUGAGAUACGGCAGGCCAUCUUGAGGAUGGAUGAACAAGAAGACCUCGCUAAGGACAUGCUGGAACAGCUCCUCAAGUUCGUCCCCGAGAAGAGCGACGUUGAUCUCCUGGAAGAACACAAGCAUGAGAUAGAUCGGAUGGCGCGUGCAGAUCGCUUCCUCUAUGAAAUGAGCAGGAUCGACCAUUAUCAGCAGCGGCUACAGGCCCUCUUCUUCAAGAAGAAGUUCCAGGAACGCCUGGCUGAGGCCAAACCCAAAGUAGAAGCCAUCCUGCUGGCCUCCCGGGAGCUGACUCUCAGCAAGCGCCUGAAGCAAAUGCUGGAGGUGGUCCUAGCCAUCGGUAACUUCAUGAACAAGGGGCAGCGUGGGGGUGCCUACGGCUUCCGGGUAGCCAGCCUCAACAAGAUCGCUGACACCAAGUCCAGCAUUGACAGGAACAUCUCUCUGCUUCAUUACCUGAUCAUGAUCCUGGAGAAGCACUUCCCAGAUAUCCUGAAUAUGCCCUCAGAGCUGCUGCACCUAUCAGAAGCUGCCAAAGUCAACCUGGCAGAACUGGAAAAGGAGGUGGGCACUCUCAGGAGGGGCCUCCGAGCAGUGGAGGUGGAGUUGGAAUAUCAGAGACACCAGGCACAAGACCCCAAUGACAAGUUUGUCCCUGUCAUGAGUGACUUCAUCACAGUGUCUAGCUUCAGCUUCUCGGAGCUGGAGGACCAGCUGAAUGAGGCCAGGGAUAAGUUUGCCAAGGCACUGACACACUUCGGAGAGCAAGAUAGUAAGAUGCAGCCAGAUGAAUUCUUUGGCAUCUUCGACACGUUCUUGCAGGCCUUCUUGGAGGCCCAGCAGGACCUGGAGGCCAUGAGGAGGAGGAAAGAGGAAGAUGAGCGGAGGGCACGUAUGGAGUCCAUGUUGAAGGAACAGCGUGAGAAAGAAAGAUGGCAGAGGCAGCGGAAGGUCUUGGCUGGCGGCGCCCUGGAGGAGAGUGGCGAGUUCGAUGACCUCGUGUCAGCCUUACGCUCUGGAGAAGUUUUUGACAAGGACUUAAGCAAGUUCAAGCGCAACCGGAAGCGACCUGGGAGCCAGGUCCCAGAGGUCACCCGCGAGCGGGCGAUAAACAGGCUAAAUUAUUGACUUGGGGACUGGGGACUCAUCACAUGGCAACAAGCCUGGAGACAGGGAUUAGGGAAGAGGAGUUGAAUAGAAAAAGCAAUGAUUUAAGUGACUUUGGAAAACUGGGUUUGGGAGCCCUGGGCUGGGUCCUGGGGGCCAUGUGCGGCUAGACCAGGUGUCUCCCUGCACUGACAGAGGAUCUUCUCUCCUCUCCUGCGUAUUACCCAUUCUCAGCCACAUUCUGACCAUCCAUGUUGUCUAUUUCCCUCUGUACCCCCCCAAGGCCAUCAUUCCAUACGACUAGCUUGGGCAUCCCUGGCAGGCCCUCCCUGGCUGGGUGACAUGGUUCUCUACACCUCAUGUUGGCACCGAGCUAUUUAAGACCCAGGAGACAUUACUGCCUUGACCCCUUGACCCUUAGUACAGUAUGUGGUGGUGGAGUGGAACGGAGAGCUGGCAGUAGGGACUCCAGGAUCUUAUCUGAAGAGACAACUCAGUGGAACAUGGAUCUGGGAUGAGAAAUAGGGGGAUUAUGUGGUCUAGCUAGAUAAGCUCUAGUAUGUUCCAGAAAAACGGGACCAGAGCCAGCAAGUGAGUUAUCUGUCUGUGCCUUUUUCAAACUACAUCAAGUCCUGGGGCCUCACUUCUUCCCUGGCCACCUCCAUCCCAUUUACUAAUUUCUGGUCCCCAAAGUCAUCUCUGGUUUCCAGAACUCUAGCUCAUCAUCAGCUUAUAGUGUGGUUCUGGUGAGGAGGGGUGUCCAAGAACUGUCAUGACCUCACCAGACUCAGGCAUAGGCCCCGAAGCAAACCCCAAGGCACCUGACCACUGUCUUGGAGAGAGACCUCAGAUCCCCACCACUCCCCUCAGAGUGCCCCAUCUACCACUUCCCUCAGCUGACCCUUGCUAUGCCAUAGUGGCCUGCAGAUCACAUGGAGCUCCAUAUACUUGGCUGCAGCUGGCCUUGGAGAAUUGUUCCUGAGGACUAGAACUACCCUCCAUAUUUAAUUGUCACUCUGAAGGAGACAAUGAGACAGGGGGCUGAGAAGAGCAGGCAGGAGAUGCCUGGGAGAUGAGGAGGGAGCGAUUGCAUAAGACGCUCACUCCAUGCUCACUCCAGGGUUUGCCCCCUAUAUUUGUGUUGUUUGAUUCCUCAGUCUCUGGCCCUCUGUCCACCCAUCUUCAGCUGUUUUGAUGGUAUUGGUGGUGUGGUCCUACUAUAUCUCGGCAAAUGUUCUAAAUAGAGCACUCGAGAUCAACCACCAUGUAGGUUUGUCAAAUGCACCCCUAUUCCCUCAUCUUGAGACCUAUCUUGCCUGAUUACCAUCCACCAGCUCCUGGCUCUUCUAACUCCCUGGCUGAAGGUCAUUGCCAGUGACUGUGGGCUGCUCGAUCCUGGUCCAGUAACUGUGAGUCUCCCUACAGGAGAUUCCCAGGGGUCGUACAAUAAUAGUUGUGGUAAGGAGAAAUGCAGGGUUAAGCUGGGCAUGUGCAUUGGUUUGAAAGGGAUCUCUGCAAGUGGAGGCCUGGCCAGUAUGUUGUAAGAAGCCAGUCUGAGAGCACAGAAGGCUUCUAAGAAUAGCUAUGGAAGAGAGCUUUAACAAUUAUCUGCACACCCAAAGGACCUCCGCACCCUGCUCCUAGCAAGCUAUGAGAACGUUAAGACUGGUGCUGGACAUCUUCAUAUCCUCUCCCAAACUGGCUGGGAUGUCAGCCUGCCAUGUGCGUGGCAAGGGACAGGGAUGGACUAUACUGCCACCCGACAGGCAUGGCUGGGCCAAGUCUUCCCAACUGCCAUGAAGAUGGGACAUGUGCCAGGAGAAAUAAGGAAGAUGAAAGUCGUUGAAGGGACACAUUGGCUCUUCUGAAAAGCUGCCUGGCAUCUCUCCAGAGCCCAGCCAUUUCAACCCAAAGAAUUCUGCCUUCUCUAUUUAUUAUUUUCUAUAGCCGCCCAAUGGCUGUAGUACUGUGUGUCUUUGUAACCAGAUUCCAACAGUGCCUUGGACCAUGGACCGAUGUGGGUGACUCAGCAGGUAGUGACUGGUGCCCAGUGAAGGUGGAUAGGCUGGCCCUCAACGCUAAAUGAUGAAGUCUACUCCCCAGUACCCACCCAACCCUCAGGCUGCCUGUGGGCCAACUGCUCCAGUUAGUUUUAUGCACAAUGUAAAAUUCAUAGUCCAGCCAACACAUCCCGUCUCAGCAGCAGCAAUUCCCCUCCCAAGAUGGAAGUUUGUCCAGGGGUUGAAAGGACAGCUCUCCAGAUGGUGGAUACCGGCACGGGCUCUUCCCAUCCACCCUUAUUGCCAUCAACUGGGGAGCUGCGACCACCUCCCCAGGACAUCUGCCAACCUUCAUGCCAAGGCUGCUCUCACCAGCUGCUGCAGAAGACAAACAAGGUUUAUAUGUACAAACUCUAGUGUCCUUUCUACCUGCACCCUUUUAUAAGAAUAUAUUGUAAUACUAAAAAAAAAAAUAUUAAAUUCAUCCCCACCCCUA